CAGGACACACAGACUGCUGCCACAGGCUGAGUGGUUAAAUUGUUGCCUGCCACCGUGGGGACCAUUAAAGCCAGCCCCAGCAAGCACUAUCAGGGGUCAAAUGUAGAGGUCAAAUUUCAUGCAAGUGUGUGUACAUGAGUAAUAUAGAUGCAUCUUCUUCUUAACAUGCAGAGAAGCUCUUUUACAGAAUGCACAGGUCCCGAAAAAAAUAAAUAAAACAAAGGUAACAUGAGCAAAUCUCCAGUCCAAUGACAUAACAUGAGUGAGAUGUAAAACAAAAGGUGGACAUUUAAUCUCACUGUGUUUUUGUUUCACACUCAAGGUUUUAUUUACUAUGGACCAACCUCUGCUGCAAAGAGAGAAGAGAGAAAGAAUGACAGGCUGCUGCUCUAGCAGGAUGUUAAAGGCGUGGUUGCCCAUUCUCUCCUGGCUGCCCAAGUACAAUCUUAAAUGGCUUCAGAUGGAUCUCCUUGCUGGGCUCACUGUCGGGCUGACAACUGUCCCGCAAGCAUUGGCCUAUGCGGAAGUAGCAGGCCUUCCUGUGCAGUACGGACUCUACUCUGCCUUCAUGGGAGGAUUUAUUUAUACUGUCCUGGGGACAUCCAAGGAUGUGACGCUGGGUCCCACAGCCAUCAUGUCUUUACUUUGCUUCUCAUUGGUGGGGGGCGAGCCGCACCAAGCCGUGCUGCUUAGUCUCCUCUGCGGUCUCAUCCAGGCUGCACUGGCAUUACUGAGAUUAGGCUUCCUCUUGGAUUUCAUCUCAUUCCCUGUUUUAAAAGGCUUCACUUGUGCCGCAGCAAUAACAAUUGGCUUUGGGCAGGUGAAGAAUAUCCUGGGACUUGAAGAUGUGCCCCAUGAGUUCUUCCCACAAGUCUACUACACAUUUUACAAGAUCCCCGAGGCACGACUAGGUGAUGUGGUCCUUGGUUUUCUCUGCAUAGCAUUGCUGGUAAUGCUGAUGUCAAUGAAGACAAGCUUGGGCUCCGAUGAUGAUGAUGAUGACGAUGCUCCCAGAUUUUCCAGGGCUGCCAGAAGACUUGUCUACACUGUUGCUACCAUGCGUAACGCCCUCAUAGUCGUGGCUGCUUCUUUUUGCGCCUUUUCGUGGGAAGCUUAUGGUCUUCAUGUCUUCACAAUCACUGGGAAAACCUCCCAAGGACUUCCGCCCUUCAGUCCACCACCCACCUCGGACACCGACGUCAAUGGCACUGUGAUAACAUUUGGAGAGAUUGUAGAGGGCUUUGGUGGAGGUCUAGCUGUGAUUCCUUUCAUGGGACUGCUGGAGAGCAUUGCAAUUGCAAAAGCAUUUGCUAGGCAGAACAACUACAGAAUUGAUGCCAAUCAGGAACUAUUGGCAAUCGGUAUGACCAACAUCAUGGGUUCCUUUGUCUCAGCCUACCCUGUUACCGGCAGCUUUGGCAGAACGGCAGUGAAUUCUCAGACUGGGGUUUGUACUCCAGCUGGAGGAAUUGUCACCAGUGUGAUAGUGUUGCUGUCUUUGGCGUUCCUCAUGCCAGCCUUCUACUACAUCCCAAAAGCUUCUCUUGCUGCUGUUGUCAUCUGCGCAGUCGCUCCUAUGUUUGAUUAUCAAGUUGUGGCUAAGAUGUGGAAAAUACAUAAGUUUGACCUUCUUCCCUUCAUUGUGACAUUCCUGAUGAGUUUCUGGCGGGUGCAGUAUGGAAUCAUAGGAGGUGUGGCUGUGUCUGGAGCUUUACUGAUGUACACCCUGGCUAGACCUCGAAUAGAGGUAUCUAAUCAAAGUGUAAUGCUAAUUCAGUUGGCCAGCGGGCUCAGCUUUCCUGCCGCAGAACAUCUCAGCCACGUCAUACACACUCAAGCUCUGCAGGAGUCCCUUCCACGGUCAGUUGUAUUGGAUUGCCUCCAUGUCAGUGUGAUAGAUUACACUGUGAUUAAUGAGCUGAGCGACUUGCUGAGGCAAUUCAAACGGCAAGAUGUGCAUCUGAUCCUUUCUGGAUUGCAGCCAAAUGUCCAGGAGAUUCUUUUAGCUGCAGAUCUGGAGGGCCUCAUAUAUGCUGACAGUGUUGAGUCAGCACUGCAAAUGGAAUCAUGCAACCUCAAUUUAUAAUGAAGAAAGUGUCCAGCCGCUGCCUGAGAAAGAGAUGUUUCCACAUACGCACAAAACUAAAUGGGAGAUCACACACGGGCACGAACGAACGGGGUGGCAGGCGGUCCCCAAGUACUCACUUAACAGAUCUGUGAGCUCCAAAGUUAUCGUCUGCUUUCACGUCUUUAUAAAUGAACUUGGCAUACUUUGAUCCUCAUCUUCUCGUUUGAAUAGAAAACUAAAUUUUAAUUCUCAUUUGAAUAGAAAACUAAAUUUUAAUUCUCAUUUGAAUAGAAAACUAAAUUUCAAUUCUCAUUUGAAUAGAAAACUAAAUUUCAAUUCUCUCAAUGAGCUGGUAAAUGCAACAUAUCAGCAGCUAAGGGCAAUUCACCUCUGUGGAUGUUUUGUUUAUAAAUAGCCUUUGAAAACACAUUUUCAGGUAGUUUCAUGUACCACCAUAAGCAAAUUUUUUGCGACGACAUCCUCUAGCUAGAGGUUGACCUGCAUGAUAUUUGUGUACGGAGUACAUGUGGCUAAAACGCAAUAAUAGAUACAUUAAUUUUUCCAUUAUGUUCCACGUGGGUGCUUAGAACGUCUUUGUACUGUAAUGGACUAAUCAAAAUAAGAAACUACAGAUUUUUGUUUGUUUUUACUAUCUGUCAGCGGUCCACCCAAAUGGUUCUGUGACCCACUUUUGGGUGCCAAGCCACCAGUAUGUAAAAUACCACAUACCUCAAUGCUGUUAAUAUUGUCUGUAAAACAUUCUUAAUAAGGUUUUUUUUACCCAUGUUUUCUGAAUUGAACCAAAUACUUUGAUGUAUCUAUUUUUUUAAAUACUUUUGGUAUAGGAAUUUUGUACUGUCCUUACUUUAUAAUUAAGGAAUUUGUCACGAUGUUCAUUUGACAGCUCGGUAUGAAUAAUCAUAGACUGGAAAUACUUGUUUGUUUUAGUGAAAAGAAUGACCUGAUAUUUUUGACAGCACCCGUGUACCAUAUCUUAAGUAGUACAUACUUUUAUUGUGCUUCGAUUCUUCUGUGAAUAGGGUUUUGUAAUUCGGGUAAUAAAAAUACUGUACAUAUUGA